GAGCCGGAAAGCAUGAACUCGGCUUCCUCUAGAACCAGCCGGAAGACUCAACUGUAAAAUGAUUUGACGUGAAAAGAAGUCUACAGUGAAGAAUUUUCAUCACACUGAUUUGUUUCCUGACUAAAUCUGCUGUCUUCGAUGGCUUGAGGCUUUUUCAACACCUCCAUUUUCAAUUCCUGAAUUGGCCUCAUCAACUUCACCUCUCCUUCUACAUUGGGCAACCUCGAAUAUCUCGAAAUACGAUGCCCCCGACAAACAGAAAUUCAGGGACAAAACUCCCCAGACCUCGCCAAAGUACCAGAAGCCUCCCUGGCCAAAUUAUGUGGCUUCCACCCAAGGAUCACAUACCCGCCACCAUCGACCCCAACCUACAAGAUGGAGCAUACAACCACCCGGUGGUCAUCAUGUCUAGGGUCCCCUCCCUCGAGGGACUUGUUGAGAUAUUCAUGAUCACUUCCAUGGGCUCCCGCGGCAUCGCCCAAGCCCACACUCCUGACUGGGCCCACUGGCUUAAAUAUGUGCCCAUCAAGCCAGCCUCACACCCGGCCAUGCCCGACACCCAGCUCUGCUUCCCCGACAAUCGUCUUCCGCUGGCGAAGAAUUCGUAUGUGAAUAUUCGGCAGCGUCACUCCGUUCAUCUGGGGGCGUUGCGGCCGUAUCGACUGAGCGGUGGAGAUCCUCCUGUUCUUGGGAGAGCCUCGUUUAAGAGCUUGAAGGAGGUUUCUGGGUUCGUUGAUCUUUAUGAUCCGAACACCUCGAAGAGAUUGAAGGAGGUUUCCUCAUUUGAUGAUCUCUGUGAUCAGACGAAGAGAUUAGAGAGAUUGAAGGAGUUCCAGGGUCGGGAUAGUUCCGGGCCUCUGCCGGAGAUGGAAGACAAGGAAGUUGAUAUUUGGGAGACUGAGCAGUCUGAUGUAUACAUCAGCCCAGCUGGCCUGCUCUCGCUCGUACUUCUUGUGGUGGUCUUUCUCUACCUCUAUAUCAAGUCGCAGCAGCAAUAG